AUGGCAGCAAACAUUUCAUGUUCUGCUAUUAACCAGAAGAAUCUCAAGAUCAAGAAAGGAUUAUGGUCUCCUGAAGAAGAUGAAAAGCUCUUCACCUACAUUACCAGAUUUGGUGUUGGAUCUUGGAGUUCCAUUCCUCAUCUUGCUGGGUUGAAGAGGUGUGGAAAGAGUUGCAGACUUAGAUGGGUAAACUACUUGAGGCCUGAUCUCAAAAAAGGUGGUUUCUCACAGCAAGAACAAGACAUCAUCGUUGGUUUACAUCAAGUUCUUGGCAACAGAUGGGCUCAGAUUGCAACAAAGUUGCCUGGAAGAACAGAUAACGAGAUCAAGAACUACUGGAACUCGUGUUUAAAGAAAAAACUGAUCAAACAAGGGGUCGAUCCGAACACCCACAAGCCGAUUACUGAUGUCCCGAACCAAGUUAACGAAGACAAGACUGGUUUUGCGUGCAAGCAAUCAGAGAAUGUUCAAACUUCAUCGUCGUCGUCGACAUCAUCAAUGGCAUUAAUGGCAGCUCAUGAACUAGAUCAAGCUUUUCAUAUGAACAACAAUGGUGGGUUGAUCACUAAUAACCUGUUUUUAGGUGAAUUGGAGAUGGGUAUCGCGCCGAUUGACCUAAACUGCGAUCUUUUAGCUCAAUAUCAACAGAUGAAUUGUGAAAUAUCAUCUUCAAGUUUUGAUCUUUAUGAUAACUUGACUUCAAGAAUGAUCAUGGAUUCCUUCAUGAAAGAGGAAGCAAGAGAGUUUUCGAGUACUAAUUAUUGUAAUUCGAACAUGAACAACGACCGUUUUGAAGGAUUCCAGAUGAACACCGAACCUGAAGAAGGGAAUGCGAAUCAAUGGCGAGAAUUGCGGGAGAUACAAGCUUAUAAUGAUGUAGGCGAUUUCGACAAUGGUCGUGCCGGUCAGUUGAAAAAGGGGCAGAGCGACUUUGUUCAAAAUGAUGCAGAAGAUUUCAGUAUCUACCAAAUGGGGUUUCUUUCUGAAACCCUUUUAGGUGAAUACUUGGAUGCUUUCCGCUAA